AACUUUGCCUUCUACACAACAUUUUUCAAAAUUCGUAAAUUUCCGUAAAAAUUUCGCAGUCAGCUGGACCCACACAAUAAGCUUUGGGCUUUUAACUAUGGUAAGCAUGUGGUGUGAGCGCCUCUCGGCGACAUUUGCGGGCAUGAUUGUGGGCCUUUGGUAUGCCAAGACGUUUCCGAAGGAGGAAGCCCCAAAGGCAGACGAUAAGAACAAGAAGAAGAAGUAAAAUGCCGCACAUACUUCAUACAGUGGGCAAGUCAAAUCAGCUGCUGCAGUUUGCUUGCAAAUUAUUAUAUAAACAUGCUUUGCAUUCAAUGUCACUCGGGCUACGAUAUACUUUGUCGGUUGGAUAAGCUGUGAACAGAAUUUUC